UCGAUCCGUAUCGGGUUUUGAAAGUCCGUUGAGGGCGAGGCACCGCGUGCGUUAUCAGCUAGCGCGUUUUUCGAAGUUAUGUCGACCCAAGGCGCAAACGUGCGGACUACGCGAAGAAAUCUGCGGGAGAAAACGCGAGAGAAUUUACGAAAGCUUCGAAAUGAAAACCGAACCAAGAUCAACAAGUCGAUCAACAAGUCGAUGGGAACGGCCUACUGCGCUUUGAGAGAGGUCCGAAGCACCGCACGCCAGACCUUGGAAAACGUCAAAUCUGCAGUUGAAAACAUCUCGAACAGGUGCCUACAAGGAGGCCGAAGCCGUACCAAGUACCGGCUUCCUCCGGGAUCUUACUCUCCUCUGCACUGCCAGACACCCGUGAAGUUGUACUCCCCUUUUGGCAUUGAAACACCCAGCCCCGUCACGCCUCGCCGUAGGACACCUGGCCGCCGAACACCUAAAACCCGUACAGUUGGAACACCUGCCAGGAAACUGAGGGAGGAGCUGAAGGAGAUCGAGGUAGGCAUCGGGGAUCUGCACACGGUGGCCGACAAGAUCUCCAAGCGACAAGCCAAGAAGACUUGAAGCAGGACAGAGCUGUGCGGCUGUUGCAAUGUUCAAGGAUAUGCCGAAGCCUGCACCGCUGAUACAUUAAGCAUGCAUUUCUUGAGGCAGCAGCAUUUAGCCACUACCUGUGUCAUUUUGUGUAAGCUACUAACUGUAUUAAACAUGUAGGCUUGCAUAUGCCAGCUAGAGCAGCAAUGAUUUUACAAGCCUUUGUAUAUCUAUAUGAUAUUCCGUGUUGCGGGCUCCCAGCUUGAGUAAAUAUAGAGCUUUAGUUCAUAAACAUUUUACCAUUCAUGGAAUACCAGGUUGCGAGAGACGUAGAUGUGGGCAGCACUGUUGGUGGUGCCAUCUUGUGGCACAGUGUUUAACCAGAGUGGAGACAGUGCUAUUAUUGUAAUAGCCAGUAACAUUAUACGUAGCUGGUAUAAAGCGUUGGCAACAUCAUCAACAUGAAGUUUUUAUUUUUCUUUGACGAGAACACCCAUAAGACAAAAAUGUCUCUAACAUGUGGUUGCACAAGGUGUCCCAAUAUGCAGGGUCCAAGCACCUUGAAAAGCCUUGAAUUUGAAAAAAAAAAAGGUGUUCAAGGGCCUUUAAAACUCCUUGGAAAUAAAUGUGCUCCUUGAAAACUGAGGUCGCUGGCGACUCUCGAACAUUCAAGGUAAUAAACUGCCUGUCAAGGCUACACCAUGGACACCGUCUAUUGGGAAAGGAUCCUAGAUAUUUUCUUUCCAGAGUGUCGCUAAGCGAUGCAAUGUUGCAUGUCCACAGUCACUAACGACAGGCACAUUUAGAUUACCACUGUUUUUGUUUUGCUUGUUGAUUCACGCUGCAGCCAUUAUGGCUCAAUUUUCGAGCCCUUGGCUAUAGAAAUGUCUGGUGGAAAGCAAGUUUCAGCCAUAUGGCUUUAAUGUGACGAGUAUCUUUGGCUGAAGCAGGACACUACUAACAAUCGUGCUAGAAGUUGAUUUACAUUGUUACAACUGGAAAGUCAACUUUGAAAAGUCGCUCAAAGCAUGCAUCCUACUCGGCAACUGUUUAGGUUCAAGAAAUUGCAGCUAAGAUUUCACUAUCUUCCAGUGUAUGUGUACAAAUGAGGAUUGUUUACCCCUCAAAACUUGGCCUUUGUCAUCCUUGAAUUGCCCUUGUAUUUUGAGUUGAAUGUUCUGCAUGAACGCUGAAUAUGUCACUACCAGUGCUGUCAUCUCCUGUAUUCCACGCACGGCUAAUGCACAUACUGACAAGCUAAAGCUCCCCAAUGCCUAAAUACUCUCAUACUGCAGCUGUGCUGGCCAUUACGCUGCUUUCUUAAUCAUUAAAAAAAAAAAAAAACUGCCAGUUAUGCUCGGUACACCACAUGUCAAUCAUGUUGCUAUGAUCCAGCAGCAUUGUGUCACAAAGGGUAUACCUGUGACCAAUGUAAGCAUUUUGGCAGCUAUUUAUUAGGACUCAUAUUUUACCUUUGCAUUAGUUCACCAAUUAAAACCAAAGUUUUUUAUAUUUAUGCAAAUGAAAGUCCACCCUACCAAAAUGGGCGAUUUGCUAAGCAUUUUGCGGCAAAUGUGCAUGGUUCAGUCAAUUGAUGCAAUGAUAAGCUCAGCUACGUUCGAAACUGCAUGUUGUUGAACUAUUAUGCCUGUAGGCUGGCUUUAGUGUAUUAUAAUAUACUUGAGAUUCCAGCUAUUAUUUAUGAGGCAGCUCCUGUCACAUUGUUGUGUGUUGUGUAUGUCACCUAUACUCAACAAAUAAAAUGUUUAU